CAAGACCAUCACUCUCUGAGCCGCAGUAUGCGCAUCGUCGGAGGCCUCCUGCUCGCCAGCCUGGCGCUGGCGGACGCGCUCAAGUCGCCGCUCGAGUACGAGCACGAGUUCUCGGCCUGGAUGAGCGCGCACGGCGUCACGUUCUCGGACGCGCUCGAGUUCGCGCGCCGCUUGGAGAACUACAUCGCCAACGACAUGUACAUCCUGGAGCACAACGCCGAGAACGCGUGGACGGGCGUGAAGCUGGGCCACAACGCGUUCUCGCACAUGUCGUUCGACGAGUUCAAGUUCAAGAUGACGGGCCUCGUGCUGCCCGAGGGCUACCUGGAGCAGCGUCUGGCCUCGCGCGUGGACGGCCUCUGGAGCGACGUGGAGGUGCCCAGCGCCGUGGACUGGGUGGACAAGGGCGGCGUCACGCCCGUCAAGAACCAGGGCAUGUGCGGCUCGUGCUGGGCCUUCUCCACCACAGGCGCGGUGGAGGGCGCCACGUUCGUGUCGAGCGGCAAGCUGCUGAGCCUCUCGGAGCAGGAGCUUGUGGACUGCGACCACAACGGAGACAUGGGCUGCAACGGAGGCCUCAUGGACCACGCCUUCCAGUGGAUUGAGGACCACGGCGGCAUCUGCAGCGAGGACGACUACGAGUACAAGGCCAAGGCGCAGGUCUGCCGCAAGUGCGACAGCGUCGUCAAGGUCACGGGCUUCCAGGACGUCAACCCGCAGGACGAGCACGCGCUCAAGGUGGCUGUGGCGCAGCAGCCCGUGUCGGUGGCCAUUGAGGCCGACCAGAAGGCCUUCCAGUUCUACAAGUCCGGGGUGUUCAACUUGACGUGCGGCACGAGGCUGGACCACGGCGUGCUGGCCGUGGGCUACGGCAACGACAACGGACAGAAGUUCUGGAAGGUCAAGAACUCGUGGGGAGCCUCGUGGGGAGAGCAGGGAUACAUCCGCUUGGCCCGUGAGGAGAACGGACCCGCCGGCCAGUGCGGCAUUGCCUCGGUGCCCAGCUACCCGUUCGCGACGCUGAUCAACAAGGACGAGCAGGAAACGGAGAAGGUGGUCGAGGAGCCGCGAUCCGUCCCCGCUGACAAGCCUGUGGACUCGUUCCCGGCCGAACCGGAGCGUGACUUCCGGCCCAAGAACCUGGCCGACCUGUACUCGUCGGCGAAGAUCACGCAGUGCGGUGACGUUUCCAGUGCGAUCAUUGACUUCGACGACCUGGAAGUGACCCCGACGUCACCCCAGCGCGGCCAGCCGGUGUCCUUCUUCGGCAACGGCAACGCGAAGCAGGACUUCAGCUCGGCCAACUUCAAGCUGGGAGUGAAGCUGGCCGGCACGCAGGUGUUCGGACACUCGGGCAAGCUGUGCGGCGACACCCACGUGCCACUUCCGCUUGGCCUAGGCCACAUCGACGUGCACGGCUUCGCAUGCCCCAUGAAGAAGGGCAAGUUCUCGGACCUGAAGGUGGACGUGAACCUGCCGAUCAUCGCGCCUGCUGGCAACUACGAAAUCAUGCUGACCAGCGACGACAACAGCAACAGCCAGCUCUUCUGCGUGAACGUGGAGCUCGACCUGACGGACAGCGACGCCACGAAGAAGGCCCACGUGUACGAGCCUCUCUCCUACAUGUAAGUCUGCGGGACCGACAUGCGCGAAUUGUAUACCCGACAUGAAUUCAAAGAGCUUUAUAUUUCCACGCCUACCAUGGUGAGCUGACGUCGUUCCGAGUGGAAUAGAGACGGUCAGCUUCGUGCUUGUCGUAACAUAAAUAAAAAUGAUCCUUCGCUCGUGCC